CUUCUUCGUCUGAAAGCCUUUUUUAUUCUGACGAUUCUUCUUUCUUCGAGAGAGAUAGAGAGAGAUGGAGUCCACCAAAACUGCAAUGGAGGCCUUCGAGAAGCUAGAGAAGGUCGGAGAAGGAACCUAUGGCAAAGUAUACAGAGCCAGAGAGAGAGCCACCGGAAGAAUCAUCGCCCUUAAGAAAACCAAACUUCAUGAAGACGAUGAAGGCGUCCCCCCAACAACGCUUCGAGAGAUCUCGAUCUUGCGAAUGCUCUCCCGUGAUCCUCAUGUCGUCAAGCUGUUGGAUGUGAAGCAAGGUGUAAACAAAGAUGGGAAGACAGUCCUCUACUUGGUCUUCGAGUACAUGGAAACCGAUUUAAAGAAAUUCAUCAGAUCAUUUCGGCAAACUGGUGAAAACAUUCAACCCAACGUCGUCAAGUGCUUGAUGUACCAGCUUUGUAAGGGGGUUGCUUUCUGCCAUGCCCAUGGUGUAUUACACAGGGAUCUUAAGCCCCACAAUCUCUUGAUGGACAAAAAGACAUUGAUACUUAAAAUAGCAGACCUUGGACUUGCUAGAGCUUUUACUCUACCAAUCAAGAAGUAUACUCAUGAGAUAUUAACCCUUUGGUAUAGAGCUCCAGAAGUCCUUUUGGGUGCUACUCAUUAUUCAACAGCUGUUGACAUGUGGUCUGUUGGCUGCAUAUUUGCUGAACUAGUCACAAAAACUGCUCUUUUUGCUGGUGAUUCAGAGCUUCAACAGCUCCUGCAUAUUUUCAGAUUGUUGGGUACUCCAAAUGAAGAAAUCUGGCCAGGAGUUAGCAAGCUUAAAGACUGGCAUGAAUAUCCUCAAUGGAAGCCUAAGCCAAUUUCAACCUGUGUGCCAAAUCUUGAUGACGAUGGGCUUAAUCUUCUUUCGCAAAUGUUGGAGUAUGAGCCAUCAAAACGGAUUUCUGCAAAGAAGGCAAUGGAGCAUCCGUAUUUUGAUGAUCUGGUGGACAAGACCCAUUUAUGAAGUUCUUGUCGUUGCUUAUCUCGAGCAUAAUUCAUUUUUUUUUUGAAAGUUUUUGAUAGAUAACAAAAUGUCAACAUGUUGUUUCAUUCUAUUUGUUAUACAAUUUUCUUCAGAUUCUAAUGCAAAAUAAUAUGUUAUUGAUCUGCA